ACCUGUAUCAGAAUCCCCAAUAUCGUCAGAUAGACAUGUAUUAGAAUCACCAAAAACGUCACAUAGACAUGUAUCUGAAUCACCAAUAACGUCACAUAGACAUGUAUCUGAAUCACCAAUAACGUCAGAUAGACAUGUAUCAGAAUCACCAAUAACGUCAGAUAGACAUGUAUUAGAAUCACCAAAAACGUCACAUAGACAUGUAUCAGAAUCACCAAUAACGUCAGAUAGACAUGUAUCUGAAUCACCAAUAACGUCAGAUAGACAUGUAUCAGAAUCACCAAUAACGUCAGAUAGACAUGUAUCUGAAUCACCAAUAACGUCAGAUAGACAUGUAUUAGAAUCACCAAAAACGUCACAUAGACAUGUAUCUGAAUCACCAAUAACGUCAGAUAGACAUGUAUCUGAGUCACCAAUAACGUCACAUAGACAUGUAUCAGAAUCCCCAAUAUCGUCAGAUAGACAUGUAUCUGAAUCACCAAUAUCGUCAGAUAGACAUGUAUCUGAAUCACCAAUAACGUCAGAUAGACAUGUAUCUGAAUCACCAAUAACGUCAGAUAGACAUGUAUCUGAAUCACCAAUAACUUCACAUAGACAUGUAUCUGAAUCACCAAUAACGUCAGAUAGACAUGUAUCUGAAUCACCAAUAACAUCACAUAGACAUGUAUCUGAAUCACCAAUAACGUCAGAUAGACAUGUAUCUGAAUCACCAAUAACGUCACAUAGACAUGUAUCUGAAUCCCCAAUAACGUCAGAUAGACAUGUAUCAGAAUCCAAAAUAACGUCUGAAUCCCCACCACUCUUUUUUUUUUUUUUAGGUGUGUCGAAAGGGGGGAAGGAGGGCGGGGGAAUG